AUGUCCGUGCGCCGCGGCCAGCGGCCCGCGCGGCCGGUCACCCGCCUCUCCUGGCUGCUGUGCUGCAGCGCCCUGCUGUCCCCGGCCGCGGGCUACGUGAUCGUGAGCUCGGUGUCUUGGGCCGUCACCAACGAAGUGGACGAGGAGCUGGACAGCGCCUCCACCGAGGAGGCGCUGCCCGCGCUGCUGGAGGACUCGGGCAGCAUCUGGCAGCGCAGCUUCCCGGCCUCGGCUCACAAGGAGGACGCGCACCUGCCGCCCCCGGCCGGCGCCGCCCGCUCCAGGCCGCCCCCCGAGCCGCCCGGGAUGUUCUCCUACCGGCGGGAGAGCGCCCCGAGACUGCGCCCCAGCACCGCCCGCUUCCUGGCCCACGCCAGCGCCUGGGGCUGUCUGGCCACCGUGUCCGCCCACGAGAAGAUCCCAGGACUGCCAUUUGGAAACUGCCUGCCCAUCAGCGACGGCCCCUUGAACAACAGCACUGGGAUUCCUUUCUUCUAUGUGACACCCAAGGACCCUGCAGUGGCUGAUCUGAUGAAGAACCCCAUGGCCUCCCUCCUGCUGCCAGAAUCUGAAGGAGAGUUCUGCAGAAAAAAUAUCGUCGACCCGGAAGACCCCCGAUGUGCCCGGUUGACGCUCACUGGCCAGAUGACUGCAGUGUCUCCAGAAGAAGUAGAAUUUGCCAAGCAAGCCAUGUUUUCAAGACACCCAGUUCUGAGGAAGUGGCCUCGUCAGUAUGAAUGGUUCUUUAUGAAGAUGAAGAUAGAACAUAUCUGGCUUCAGAAAUGGUAUGGUGGAGUAUCCGACAUUUCAAGGGAGGAAUACUUCAAGGCAGUUCCAAGAAAGGCCUGAUG